AUGAAAUUAACAAAAAUACAAUUAAUAAUAUUUUUUCAAAUCAUUGAACUCUUGGUAACCAUACAAAGCGAUCAUGUUCAAGUGAUAGGCUGCUCUAAAGAACAAAAAUGUUUGGAGAAUUUAAAUCAACAAUUGCUGGAGAUAAUCAAGGAAAAUAUGGUGAAUACAACACAGCCAUGUGAGCAUUUUUGGGAUUAUGCUUGUGGUGCAUGGACAUCGGCUCCCUACUACGAUCAUGUGGAUAAUUUUGGAGCAAUGUCUAAUUAUUAUGCGGAUAACAUGAUUGAAACUCUAAACAAAUUACAUAAGGAAAAUUCGAAAGAAAAUGCAAAUGUCCAGCAAUUGGUGGAUCAAUUACUGAAAUAUUUCUUAUCUUGUAGAUCAUUGGGAAAUUAUUAUUUACCCAUGUCACCCUAUUUAAGAGAACUACCAGUACACAAAAUAUUUGGUGAGAGCUUUAAGUGGAAUCAUUUAUUUGGCGAUGAAGAGAAUAGCUGGCAAAAUUUUAGCUGGCUAAGAGCUGCAGCCUAUUUAAGGAAAUAUGGUUUUAAGGAUAUAUUUCUAUUGGAAUCUGUGGGUUUUGCUUGGAAUGAUUCUAUGCAGUAUAUAGUGGAAUUAAAAAUACCUCAAGCAACAACAAAUUUUGGAAAUAAAUACAAAGUUUUGCAAGUAAUGGAAGAGUUUGAUUUACUAUUUGCCAAUAAUGAUACCAAAAAUUAUUUAAAAUUGGCUCUCGAACUAUAUGAAUUUGAUAAAAAGCUAUUGGAUCUUUACAAAAAAUAUUGGAAAACUAAACGCGAUCACUUCAUAACUUUACAAGAUUUGCCUUAUUUAGUCUCGAACAUAGAUUGGACUUUAUAUUUUGAAUUGUUGCUGAAUCAAGAGCUACCACCUGAAACAAACAUAGAAUAUUCAGGAGAUUUGAAAUAUUUUCAGGACUUGGAUGAACUGCUUAAGCAAACUCCCAAACAAAUAUUAGGUUCUUAUAUGUUUAUAAGAUUUUGCCAAUAUCUAUUGGAUAUACGUCCCUUGAUAACGGAUCGUGAAUGCCUGCUACACACUAAUGUCAUGUUUCCUUUAGGUAUAAAUUUGAUCUACAAAAGAUUUUUAUACAAAACUCGCUCUAAAGAUGAACAAAUUUUACAUAAUAUAUUCUCUCAAUUGAAGCAAGAGUUUUCUAAAAAUUUACAAGACAAUAAGUUUGCUUUAUCUUCCCAAGAGCUGCUAUAUCUACAGGAUAAAUUGGAUUUAAUGCAGUUAAAAAUCGGUAACUUACCUUUACAUAUCCAUGAUGUCAAUCAUUAUUAUUCUACGGUCCAGCUGCACAAAAACAACUUCUAUUACAAUCACUUGAAAAUGUUGAAAUUUCGCACUUUACAACAACAUCAUGCAUUAUUAAAUCCAGCUUUAGAAUUAGUUAAUCCUGAUACCUACUACGUUAACGAUGACAUUUCCCAGCUACGUAAUGCCCCAUACUUCAUACAUCAACGCAAUAUAAUGAUUGUACCCAUGGUCUUUCUGCAAUUACCCUUCUAUCAUUAUGCCCAGCAUCCUGUUUUGCAGUACUCCCUAGUGGGUUGGAUUAUGGCCCACGAACUAUCGCAUGCUUUUGAUAUUCACGGCCUGUACUUUGAUGCCAGGGGUAAUGUAAAUUUACUGGGUCUUCAACUGUCCCAGAAAACAUCAUAUACUAACUCUGUUAAAUGUUUAACAAAUCAUUAUCCCACCAUUUCUCUAAAUGAAAGACUGGCUGAUGUUAACGGUUUACAAUUGGCAUGGCAAACAUUUUCUCAUCACAUUUCCCAAGAUCAUGAGUUCAAUGGUGAGUUUUCUCUUAGAAAACUAUUUUUUAUAAACUUUGCCCAAUUUUUCUGUGGCUCGCUGCCUCAAGCCAUCGCUCAUGAUCGUGAUGAUGUGAGAGUUAGACAAUCGGUGGCAAAUUUGCGAGAAUUUUCUGAGGUGUUUCAGUGUUCCCAGGAAGCUAAAGAGAAUCCAGCUGAAAAGUGUAAUAUAUGGAGGAAUUAA